GCGCGCGCGCGUCUCCUGUUUAUCGCCCCCUAAAUGUUUUUCCCGUGAUGCUCCGCGUGGUCGAGCAGCAAGAUGGCGGACUCUCUGGAUGAAUUUGAGAAAGAAGCUGGUUGCGUCCCGAUCCUCCAUCCCGAGGAAAUUAAACCCCAGAGUCACUACAGCCAUGGCUACAACGAGAGCGUUAGCCGCAAGAGCCACGUGGACGACUACAGCACUUGGGACAUCGUCAAAGCCACCCAGUAUGGCAUAUUCGAGCGCUGCCGCGAGCUGGUGGAGGCCGGAUAUGACGUGCGUCAGCCGGAUAAAGAAAAUGUCACACUCCUGCAUUGGGCGGCAAUUAACAACCGCUUAGACUUGGUCAAGCAUUACAUAUCAAAAGGUGCUAUAGUCGACCAGCUGGGAGGAGAUCUCAACUCGACACCACUACACUGGGCUACAAGACAGGGUCAUCUCUCCAUGGUGGUGCAGUUAAUGAAGUACGGUGCUGAUCCGUCUCUCAUCGACGGAGAGGGUUGCAGUUGUGUGCAUCUGGCCGCUCAGUUCGGACACACCUCCAUUGUGGCUUACCUCAUUGCCAAGGGACAGGAUGUGGAUAUGAUGGAUCAGAAUGGCAUGACCCCUUUGAUGUGGGCGGCUUAUCGGACGCACAGUGUUGACCCGACGCGGCUGUUACUAACAUUUAACGUGUCAGUGAAUCUGGGUGAUAAAUAUCAUAAGAAUACGGCUCUGCACUGGGCGGUACUGGCUGGAAACACUACGGUCAUCAGCCUGCUGCUUGAGGCCAAUGCUAACGUCGAUGCACAGAACAUCAAGGGGGAGACACCGCUGGAUCUGGCCAAACAGAGGAAAAAUGUGUGGAUGAUAAAUCAUCUGCAGGAGGCCAGACAGGCCAAAGGUUACGACAGCCCCUCAUACCUGAAACGACUCAAAAUGGACAAGGAGUUCAGGCAGAAGGUGAUGUUGGGAACUCCGUUCCUGGUGAUUUGGUUGGUGGGAUUUAUUGCCGAUCUGGACAUCGACUCUUGGCUCAUCAAGGGUGUGAUGUAUGCAGCGGUGUGGCUCGUUGUGCAGUUUCUUUCCAAGUCUUUCUUUGAUCACUCCAUGCAUAGCGCUCUUCCUCUGGGCAUCUAUCUGGCCACUAAGUUCUGGAUGUACAUCACCUGGUUUUAUUGGUUCUGGAACGAUCUCCCAUUUGUCACCAUCCACCUGCCCUUCCUGCUCAAUAGCCUGGCUCUCUUCUAUAACUUUGGCAAAUCCUGGAAGUCCGACCCCGGCAUUAUCAAAGCGUCUGAGGAGCAGAAGAAAAAGACUAUAGUUGAACUGGCAGAAACGGGCUGUCUGGAUCUCAGCAUAUUCUGCAGCACCUGUUUGAUACGCAAGCCCAUCAGAUCGAAACACUGCGCCGUGUGCAAUCGAUGCAUCGCCAAGUUUGAUCACCACUGCCCUUGGGUAGGCAACUGCGUAGGAAGUGGAAACCACCGUUACUUUAUGGGCUACUUAUUCUUCCUGCUGUGUAUGAUCUGUUGGAUGAUAUAUGGAUGCAUUUGCUACUGGAGUAUUCACUGUGCUACCAGCUACACUAAAGAUGGCUUUUGGAACUACAUCACGCAGAUCGCCACUUGCUCGCCGUGGAUGUUCUGGAUGUUUCUCAACAGUGUGUUUCACUUCAUGUGGGUCGCUGUGCUCAUCAUGUGCCAGCUCUACCAGAUCGCUGUUCUGGGCAUCACUACAAAUGAGCGAAUGAACGCAAGAAGAUAUAAGCACUUUAAAGUUACAGCCACGUCCAUCGAGAGCCCUUUCAAUCACGGCUGUAUGAGGAACCUCAUAGAUUUCUUUGAGCUGCGCUGCUGCGGUCUGCUGCGGCCCGUGGUGAUAGACUGGACCUCCCAGUACACAAUAGAGUACGACCAGACGUCCGGCUCAGGAUACCAGCUGGUGUAGCGCGGUGAAGGAGCGACAGAGCGUUAGAGAAGACGGAGCGAGAGGGAGGAGAGGGGAGAGGUUUUCCUGAGGAAGUGCUGCUCACCGGGACCAUCUCCUUCACUGAGACUGCAAACCUCACCCAGUCAGGAUACGCAUGCUGUUAUUGGUUACAGUCACCAACUCCACCCGCCCCCCUGCCAUAGACAGCACUAUGAGACGCAGGGAUGUGAGGAACAGGAAAAGGAGGAGUUUAAUGGCUUCUGAAGUGUAUGCAGUACAACAAACUCUCCUCGAUUGGUCAGCAGAGACGUUUGUGGUUUCUUUCGCACAUCGACUUGCGUUCGUUUUGCUUUUUGUUUUCGUCCUGUGACCCUUUUUUGUUGGUUUUAAAGUGAUAUCAGAUCUUCAUCGGUUGGAAGUUUGGGUAGGAAUGAGAAUUAGCUUAGCAGCCACUGUGCCGUUUGUGGUUUUGAGGAAUUGUUCUGCGAAUUUUGUCAUUUUUUGCUCACUCUUGUGUCGCGUUGAGCUUGCUUUCUUGUGUGGAACACAAAAGGAGAUGUUUCGAAGAAUGUUCACGCUGCUCUUUUGCAUACAGUGAAAGUGAAAAGAGCUGCGGGGCGAUUUUUCAAAAUUUCUCCACAAAAAAAAUAUGCAUACAGGUUUGGAACAUAACAUGACGACAGAACUUUUCCUUUUUAGGUGAACGGUUCCUUUAAGCUGCCUUGAUUUUUCCGAUCAUGAUUCUGUAUGAAUGUUUCGAUGGUUUAAUAUGCAUCAUAUAGACUAAAAACAUUCAUAUGACUAGAGAGAAGCCCUCUUUAAAUAAUGUGACUUACAACAUAUUUAUUUUAACCUAUUUAUGUAGUAUUUUUCAAAGAAUUACAGUCAUUUUACAUGUCUUUUCAGCAUAUAUGUACAUUUGCAGCAUGUUUAAUAGUCUAGGUGGGAGAAUCCUGCGAAACAUGUCGAAAACAUGAACCUGGGUUAUAUUUCACCCUAAAAUCCCCAAAAAUAAAUUAGAAGUGUAUUUUGCUUAAAGAAAAUUAAGCCUGUUUAAUAGUUUUUUGGCAUUAUAAUUUUCAUGACAAUUAAACAUUUUCUCCCUUAAUUCUCAUUACCGUAAUGCACAGAAACCAUUUUCUCCCUUAAUUCUCAUUACCAUAAUGCACAGAAACCAUUUUCCUCCUUAAUUCUCAUUACCGUAAUGCACAGAAACCAUUUUCCUCCUUAAUUCUCAUUACCGUAAUGCACAGAAACCAUUUUCUCCCUUAAUUCUCAGUACCGUAAUGCACAGAAACCAUUUUCCCCCUUAAUUCUUAGUACUGUAAUGCUCAGAAACCAUUUUCCCCCUUAAUUCUCAGUACCGUAAUGCAUAGAAACCAUUUUCCCCCUUAAUUGUCAGUACCGUAAUGCUCAAACUAUUUUCUCCCUUAAUUCUCAUUACCGUAAUGCACAGAAACCAUUUUCUCCCUUAAUUGUCAUUACCGUAAUGCUCAGAAACCAUUUUCCCCCUUAAUUCUCAUUACCGUAAUGCACAGAAACCAUUUUCUCCCUUAAUUCUCAGUACCGUAAUGCACAGAAACCAUUUUCUCCCUUAAUUCUCAUUACCGUAAUGCACAGAAACCAUUUUCCCUCUUAAUUCUCAUUACCGUAAUGCUCAGAAACCAUUUUCCCCCUUAAUUCUCAUUAACGUAAUGCACAGAAACCAAUUUCCCCUUUAAUUCUCAUUACCGUAAUGCACAGAAACCACCUCCUCAUUACUGAAAUUAUUUAAAUAGCAAUUUAUUUAUAUUAUUCUGCUUUUAAAUUAUGCUAAUUGUUUUUUAAAUCAUUGUAUUACAUUGUUUUCGAUAAAACAAUUAAAAAAAAUACUGUAUUACAAUGAGAAUUACAAAAAAAUAAUGCCUGGAUGCAUUACGGUAAUGAGAACUGCGGGAGAAAUGUGCUGAAUUUCUAUCAAAAUAACGUUACGCUGCAGAACGGUCUUUAGUUUCAUUCAAAUAUAUUUGAUUUUGGUUUGAAAUGUGACCUGGACACGCUCUCGACGGGUUUAUGGGAUUCACCCAAAUGCCCUCGGAAUUUACAAGAAAUAAUACGCUCGUAUGUGAACCUCUAUAUUUAUUAUGUAUGUGUAGUUCUAGGAAGUGAAUACAUUUAAUGCUGUUGAAAAGCCAUUGAGUAGCUGUACGAACUUAAUGGAAGAUAUGUUUAUCACGGCAGAUUUGUUUUAACUUUUUUAUUUUUUGUGGCGGCGAUGAUAUUUGUCUGCCUAAAGCAAUGCACUGAUCUUUUUUUGUUUUGUUGUUCAUUGUUACUGAAGAAAAAACUUGCUUUCCCAACAUCGCCAAGGGAUAUUCACGUUUACGUAAAGAGGAAGCUCCUCCCCCUUUUGCUCUCCUCCAUUUCCUCUUCCUGUUGGUGUGGCGAUGUCAUCGCAGCAGCAACAGCUGACAGGAUGAACUGAUGUAAAGAAUGUGCAUCUGUACAUAAAUGAACUAGAUUCAUUAUUCUGUGAGUGACUUUUGUUUGUUUUUUAUUUUGUCUGUGUUAGUUGAAGCUGCUCCUAAUUUUUUUUUAUCUUACCAAAAAGCAGAAAAAAAAAAAAUCGACUAUUAUCCAAGUGUAUGACUGUAGCUUUUAGUGGCGUCUGGCACUGCUGUGUAUAGACCUUUGACCUUGCAAGUCUCCACUGCAUGUGUAAAGCCUGGACCUGGGGCUCUUAUCAUAGUGAACAUCACCCUGCCAUCCCAUCCCAGAGACGCCCCAUCUGUAAAUAGUGAAUGUUCAGUAUUUGGAACUGGGUUUUUUAUCCUUUUGUUUGUUUGUUUUUACAUUUUAAACCCAAUGUGUGUAUCGUUAUUGCGUGUCCCUGCGGCCACUUGUAUUAUAUCUGAAUGUCCCAUUCUCGUUGAUUAAUAUCCAACCUAAAGGGUUUCUUUUGUAUGUUUCAUUGCUGGGUUUGUUGUACCACUGGAUGUACAAAUUGUAAAUGCCAGAGCAGUAGACGUAAGAAACGCUGUAACUCAAGAGGGGCACGUUGUGAUGACGUCAUCACUCAUGGACGCGGUCGAUUGGGCCCCCCGUACUGUAAUAUUCGGAUUAGGCACAGUAACAGUCAUUCAUACAUGUGACACUGUUUUUAGAGAAGAUACUCACAUAUUAUUGUUCCUAUGCCUUUACGGUUUGGCCGGCUGUUUUCCCACCAUGUGAAAAGCACAUGCUCAUCUCCAGUGCCUCAGCUGAGAUCAGGACGUCACCCUACUCUGCUUCAGAUGUAACUUAUUGGGCAUGGUUCAAUUUUAAUGGCUUUAUUAAUAAAACAUUCAAAGAUG